CAUACUGCUGCUCAAUAUUUAAUGUUCAUGUAGGCAUUCAUGUUGUGUGCAAAUAAUUACAAGAGUUGUGGUCGAUUUCUAGAUUGAGGAAUAACCUAAUUCGACAAGAGUUUAACAUUAUUUAAUGGUGCGGGUAGAAUUACUGAGCUAACAAUACCAGUUGAAAAUAACUUAUAGUAAAAUUAGUUUAUGACAAACAUAAAAAUAACGUCAAUAACACGUUUUUUUUUGUGGAUACAUCAUUAAGGCGCGGUAUCACCGCAAUGAACGACACAGAUUUAUCAACACAAACUAUUACGAACGAUACGGAGGAUUUGGACGAACUCGGAAAUAAUUUAUUAAGUGUGCGUAAUUCAUUUCACAAACUUCAUAAAGUACAUACUAAAGGAUUGCACCCCAAACGAAGGGAUACUGGUGACACCAUGCUCAAACCAGGGUUUAACUACAAACAGAGCAACUCAGUCGAACCGGAAAUGUCGAAAACUACCUGCGUUAGUGAAGUAGACAUGUUAACGACUUCUGGCAAAGGGAAAGCGAAAAUGUGUCAUGUAAAUGCAGACAACGACAGAAAUGACGAUUGCAGUGUAAAUCCGGAAGCAAAGGACUCCAAAAGCAUAGGCGGUUGCAGUACCGGAUGUCCGGAAACGCUGGAGAGCCGGCUUCAGGGCGACCCGUCACUUCAGGACCGCUGCGACGAGAACAAGAUUCGGACCACCUCAUUUUCGGUAUCGGACAUUUUGGAUCCCAACAAGUUUGUCGGCUGCGGCUUAAACAAGGUGUGGCACCCUUGGUUGAGGGACGAGGGAGUCAGGGAUUACUCGAAGUCGAGUUUUGAAAGAGGGUCACCAGAUAGCGACAGAGAUGUAUGUCGCUCUGUGCCCGGCGGUGACUUCGAUCGUGUCUCCGAAAAGCAUCCGGCGGAACACAGCUUUACCGACGAUGACGACGUCGACGAGAAUCUCAGUGUCUGUGAUAUGGACGACAUGGCCGACGGCGAAAACGCGCUACACACAGACGACAGUUCUCGAGGCGGAAAACCACGUCGCGCGCGCACUGCGUUUACAUACGAACAGUUGGUCGCAUUGGAGAAUAAAUUCAAGACGACGCGGUAUCUAUCGGUCUGCGAACGCCUUAAUCUGGCGCUAACACUAAAUCUCACAGAGACGCAGAUUAAAAUCUGGUUCCAGAAUCGCAGAACGAAAUGGAAGAAGCAGAACCCCGGCUUGGAUGUGAACAGUCCCACAAUUCCCAGCGCAGGAAAUACGUCAUCGUUCAGUUCGCCAUUCGGUGGCAUGUUGUACAGUCACGGGUUACACCCGUAUUUCCCCAUCAGCUCAUACGGUCUGAUGAAAGCGAGAUCUUUUGCCGGACAGAUACCAGUAUUUCCGCAUCAUUUUUCGCAAAAUGUUUAACAAUUAACUUGCAAUAUUACUUUUUGCGAUAUCAAAUUAUGUUGACAUUGGAAAGAGUAUUUGAUGCAUUUUCUUCGAAGACAAGCUAUACAGACCGUCGGUCUACUAUGCUAUGUGUAAACACUGCGUAUUACAAUUUGUUAGUGAUAUUGAGCUUCAAAAUUGUAUCUGGUGAAAUCGCAAAUGUUAAAAGGUGGUAAAACUGUAAUGUCUUGAAUAAAACUUUCAAGGCGAAUUUAAGGAGCAACUUUACUUGGCGAAAAGGCAGAACGGUCGAUAUGCGUUAAAGAAAUGAUGUGUAAACGUUUUAUGUCAACUUGACGUUAUUAGACACAAGUUUUGCCGUCAUCAACUGCAGUGUAAAUAAUAUAAAAGGUUGAUAUAUUGUUUAGAUAUAUAUUGUAGAUUACUUCAACCAGGAUGUUGACAACGUCUUGAACAAGUUUACUGUGUAAUCUAACUUUACUACAUGCAUAGGUACUUUUUAUUUAUUUUCGCAAGUGCGAACCAAAAUAAACUUUAAAAAUAUGGAACAGAUGCUGCUGUUGUUGUUUUUUCCAUAAAGUGUUUUACUAUGUUUAAGCAAACCGGGCUGUUUAGCAGAAUGGUUUAAUAUUUGCGGGACGAAAACCGGCCCGACCC